AUGGCGGCGGCGAUCCCCAUUCUUCUCCUCACCUUCCUCCUCGCGGCGGCAACGCCAUCGGCCGGGCCUUCAUACGUCAUCAAGACGACGUGCGCAGCGGUGACCAAUGCCACCGUGGGUACGCCCUACAGAUACUGCGUCCGCACGCUCUCGGCCAACCCCGCGGCCGCCGCCGCCAAGGACGCCCGCGGGCUUGCCAUCGCGGCGACCAACCUCACCGCCACCAACGUCACGUCGACGGAGCUAACCAUCACCAGGCUAAUCGACGCCCUCUACAACUGCCUCGUCACCUACCAAAGCAUGCAAGCAUCAAUCGCCGGGGCGCUCCAAGACUUGAACGCCGGCCGCUUUGACGUGGCGUCGCCCAAGCUCAGGGACGCUUCGUUUCAGCCGGACUUCUGUGAACUGGCGAUGAUGGAAAGCGACACCGACAAGGACCCCAUGUCGGACGAGAACAAUGCAAACUAUUUGGUGUCCGGCAUGGCGUAUAACAUCGCUGAACUCAUCGCCCGCCAUGCCGCCAAAUGA